GUAUUACACCACUCAGCAGCAAGGUUCAGUAGGCCUAGACAGUAUAAAUGUAGGUUCUUCUCUAGGCCCCCUACCUAGAUAUCCGAGUCUACAGUAUAACCAGGAUAGCUUUAUACUAGUCUGUGGCUAUAGCUAGCUCAGCUCAGUGCACUUGAGUCAAAGGGCUCUCCAAUAUAAGUAUAAACAUGAUGCUGCAAAGAAUGCCUAGUAGCUGCCUUCAUCUUUUGCGUCAUGGGAACAACCUCGUCACCAGGUGUGAGAUGUAUGCAGCAAGGAGGACUAUGUUCAGUCUGGCCAGGAGAUCCAUCACCUCAGAUACAACUUCUCAGACAAGAUGGCUCUGCUCAGGCCCUUUACCACUGAACCAGUCCUACAGAGCAACUCUACAAAGCAGACCGGUGAGAGUCGCAUCUCUGUGCCACCAGUCUACAUCCUCCAGUGCUGUGGAGAGCACCAUAGCAGCAGACAUACAGCAGGAAAGUGAUCACCUGUCUGUCACCGUGGGCAACCAGACCUUCAAAGCAAGCUACCUAUGGCUGAGGGAUCAUUGCAGAUGUAGCAGUUGCUAUGAGGAGACGUGUCAUGAAAACUUUGUGGACAUCGUGGCAUUGCCCGACGAUAUCACACCAAAGGAAUGCCACUCCAAGAAUGGAAAUCUACACCUGACAUGGCCCGAUGAUCAUGUGACCAGCUAUUCCAUCCAAUGGCUCCAGGACAACACACCGGGUCAGAGGUCAAUGGCUGGGUCCAGCCAGCAGCUGCAACCAUUCUACUGGGACAAGGCAAGCCUGGCCGGCAACCUUCCUGAAGAUGUCCACAUCGAUGAGGUCCGGGAGGGGGACGGACUGAAGAAGGUCAUGGAAAACUUGCAUGUGUACGGAUUGACGUUCAUCUCUGGGGUGGAGGCCACACAGGAGAGUACCGAGGCCGCUCUGAACCUAAUCUAUAAGCCCAUGCCGACCUUGUUUGGAGAUACUUUUUGCUAUCAGAACGACGGGGCACUCAAUGAUGCGGCGUCUCUGAAUGUAGCCCUUCAGAACCACACCGAUACUACCUACUACGAAGCCAGUAUGGGAGGUCUUGCUCUUCAUUGUCUCUACCAUGAUGGCACAGGAGGUGAGAACACGCUCAUCGAUGGGUUCCAUGCUGCGAAACUUCUAAAGGAGACCCAUCCGGAUCAUUACGACACUUUACUGCAUGCACCUGUGGUGGGUCACUAUCUGGAUCCAACAAAAGACUUUCGUUGCUACCACAACGUGCUGCGCCACAACGUGUUGACAGGUCAAUUGCAACAAAUCAGAUUCAACCCCCACGAUCGUAGUACUCUCUCGUACACGUCGUAUGAAGACGCGGAGAGGUUCUACGCCGCCUACCGCACCUUCGGACGCAUCAUCGAAUCCCCGGAGAGCAAGUUUCUGACCAAGCUGCAGCCGGGACGGAUGGUGGUCUUCGAUAACUGGCGUCUGCUCCACGGCCGUGCAGGAUUCACAGGAAAGCGUGUCAUGUGCGGCUGCUACUUCAACUACGAUGACUUCCAGAAUCUGAAGAGGACCAAAGCAAACCUAGAUGUGUAAAAUUAAAAUGCAGAGGGAAAUAUAUAUUUGAAUAUAAUGUAGAUGAUUAAAGGCAUUGUUUAACAAUAUUCCAGUUUUACAAAUCUGAAAUCUGAGUGUAUGUGGUGUAAUAUUGAAGCCCUAAAAAAAUUGCGCUUCUAAAUGAUCAUGAAGUGCCUCAUAAUAGUAAAAAUCUUUGAGUGACCGGUUUUACCAUACUCAUUUUCCCCAACGGUUUUUGAAAUUUUGAAUUCCAAUCAUAAAUAUCUUGAUAAUCAGUUAGGCUAUCGGCUUGUAAAAGUCAUGGGAUUCCUAUAACGAUUGCAGGAUGAGCCUAAAUCCAGGAUUUUGUUUAGAAUCUGAGACAAAGAUACCACAAUCCUUUGAAGCAUGUUCAUACCAAUCUUUCUGUAUGAGUUUGCCACACAGUGAGAGAAAACAAAUUCUUUGAAAAAGAAGAAGACAAUUCUUUCACAUCCAUUUCCCUAAUCUGAAUUAGGACAUAAAAAAAGUGUACCGGUAAUUAACACAGAUAAAAGAGAAAGAGAGAAAAGGUUUGAAUAGUUUAAUAUUUACAUUGCUUUACUAUACGUCGCAAUGUACCUUCAUGUUCGUAUGGGUAUGUGUUUGAUAGAUGUUAUUUUGAUGACUUAAUCAUAGUAAUAAUAGUGGGUUUUUGUAUAGUGCUCAUGGCAAUCCACCGUUAUUAAUUUACUAUAUUGAUGUAUUACUUUCAGUACUAAUUGUUUAAUACUUUUGCAGCUUUAUACAGUCAUGCUGUAU